AUGCCAAAAUUUUCGUCUCAAAGGCGCAAGAAGCGAAAAUUUCAUGGAAAUCGUUUUACGAGUAAGCAAAGCGUUCAAGACGAAGAAAUAGUUGCUUUGGAAAGCACUUCAAGUGGAUCGGGAGCGAGUUCUUUGCACUGUCAGAAGUAAGCGGAGGAAUGUUCGGCUUCGUUUCAAAAGCUUGUGACAAAUACCCAAGAAGAGAAGCCUAAACCAGAGGUAGACGACCAACUUUCAAAGGAAAACAGUCCUGCUAUUACAGGGCUUAGAUUUUGUGAUAUGGAGGUGCUGUCGUCUGUUUUUGCGCAGCUACGGUGUGGCGACUGUGGCAAUUUCAGCCUUUUGCUCAUGGAAGAUAACAUGAAGCGGAAGGGAUGUGCCUCGACUUUGCGUUUGUUGUGCGAGCAUUGUGGAUGGAAACAUUCCUUUUGCACUUCGAAGAAGCAGGGGAAGAGCUACGAAGUAAAUCGGCGUCUUGUCUAUGGCAUGAGAACCAUUGGUAAGGGUUAUGCUGGAGCAAGAAAAUUCUGUGCGAUCAUGAACAUGCCUCCACCUCCCACUGAAAAAGCGUUCAUUUUCAACUCACGUGUGAUCGGCCGUCACGUCAAAGAAAUAGCAAAAGAGAGUAUGAAGAAAGCCGGUCAAGAUAUUUAUGCCUUCAAAAACCAAUGCACUGCGUCUGAAGCUGGACCAUUUAAUUGUGGCGUUUCAUGUGAUGGCACAUGGCAAAAGAGAAGCUACUCGUCACGCAAUGGUUGUGUGACUGUAAUAUCCAUGGACACAGGAAGGGUGCUCGAUGUAGAACCCCUCAGUCAAGGUUGCAAACAAUGUGAGCGCCAUGAACACUUAGAUAAAACAUCUCUUGAAAAUCAGACUUGGAGAGCUGAGCACACUAAGUGUAAAGCUAAUUUUCGGGGAUCAGCACCAGCUAUGGAGCCGGAAGGAGCAGAGCGCAUAUUUCAAAGGUCUGUAGAACUGCACAACCUCAGAUACACUGAAUUCUAUGGGGACGGUGACAGUAAAAGUUUCAGUCGAGUAAAAGGAGUUUAUGAAGAUGCUGGUAUUGAAAUGGAAAAGAAGGAAUGCAUUGGCCAUGUCCAGAAGAGAGUGGGAACUGCACUUCGUAAAUUGAAGCGUGAGAAUCCAGGCCUGGGAGGCAAGGGCAAACUGACAGACAGUCAAAUUGAUAAACUGCAGAACUAUUAUGGCAUAGCCAUAAGAUCAAAUGUUGGAGAUCUUGCUGGCAUGAAGAAAGCCAUUCAUGCUAGCCUGAUGCAUUGUGCGUCUACUGAGGCACGCCCACUUCAUGACCAUUGCCCAACAGGCAGUGCAAGCUGGUGCCGGUAUCAGCAGGAUAAAGCCAAUGGCACAAAGCUUUACAAGCAUGGGCCAGGCUUACCUUUAGAGGUAAUUGUAAAAUUAAAGCCAGAGUAUAUUCGACUCAGUGAGGACAGCUUGCUUGAGAAGUGCUUGCAUGGCAAGACACAGAAUCAAAAUGAAUCUUUAAAUGGAAUGAUUUGGCAAAGAGUCCCAAAAGAAGUUUACGUUGGAAGAGAAACAUUAGAAUUAGGACUGUAUGAUGCAGUUUCCCAUUUUAAUAUUGGAGCAGUAACUGUUAUCAAGCUGUUCCAGGGCUUAAACAUUCCUCCUGGAAAAUAUACUGAAGAGGGGUGCAAACUUCAAGAUCAGCUACGAGUGGACGGUGCGGAGUAUAAAAAUAAAGCAAGCACUAAGAAGAGGAGAAAAGUCAUCAGAGGCCUGAAGAAAAGAAAAGAUGACAAAAACAAGCAAAGAGAGUUCUAA